AAUAGAAAGCGAAAUACAUGAAAAUAGUAAGACGGAUGAAAUAGCUUAUUUGGUUGACCAGGAAUAUAUGAACCUUAUCAUAGAGAAUCUCAUUGACAGCUUUAGUGGAUUGUCCAACAGCUCCCCCAAAGCUACACAAGCUUUGAAUGUAGAAGAUCAAGCCAUGUCAAAUGAGAACAAAAGAGAACUUCAAGUCAUUUCUGGUCAAGACAGAAAACUCAGCGGGGAAUCUAAUUCAAAAAACCACAAAAUGUUAUGCUCAAGACAUAAAGAGGAAACAAGAAACCGAGAGCUCAGAUCCUCUAAAAGUGAAAUCUGUAAGACACCAGCAAUGUCAGAUUCCACAAAUCAAAAAACAGAAAUGGUUAUGAUGACUGCAAAUUGCAAUAAAAAACAACUACCAGUAUUUGCCAAGAUUUGUACCAAAGCAUUAAUGAAAGUGCCAUAUCUUCAUCAUUCAGGAGCUGCAGUGCCCAUUCCUGGUGGCCCUUGGUUCAGAGCACCUGUGCCUUCUGUACCUGCCAAUGCUUACAGUCCCUCAUAUAUGUUAAACUUUCCUCCUCUCUCUGCUUCGAUGAUGCCAAAAGGAAAGAGCCUUGGACAGUACCAGUUUGACAAAAUGAACCAUCAGCAAAAUGCCCCACCUGUAUAUUGUGCGCCCUACCCUCCAAUGAUGAAUUACCAUCCAUGCACAGUAGUGAAUUGGCUACAAUAUUUUCCUUGUAUCGUUAGGGUCAAUCCUCACAGUAUGGGAACUAUGGCAAAUAACUCAUUUCCCACCGUCAAUGGCAGCAGAAUGAGACCAUCCUGAUAUGUUAUCUAGAACUGAAGUCAAGUAUUAAGCAGGUUAAAACUCGUAUCUAGAGAUAUCAACAAAAUAUACUUUCUCCAUCAACAACUGGUUAUAUUGCUCCUUAUCCAUCUUCUGAUUCCCCUGUUGACUUUGACUUCUGUGUUUUGUAUAACAAUAAAUAGAUAUUUAUUAAA